GAACUUGGGAGCUGUGCCACCUCUCAUCUCCGAGGCAACCAACAAGGCCUACGAGAGCCCGCCAGAGGCAUGCUCUCUGCGCUUCAAUGAGCAGGGACAAGUGGUGGAGUAUACCGCAGGCUAUGUGAUUGAUCGCCGUCAGGGCAACACCGGAGGCCGAGGAGGACUGCUGGGGCCACUGUAUGCGAUUGGCAAGGGCUUCCCAUUCCCCGAAGCCCAGCCAUACGAGUGGUCUUGGCAGCGGAAGCUUUUCACCUGGCUUGGGGACCUCUUGGCUGGUGACAGCCCAAAGUGA